AUCGGAACCGGAAACAGCUUCAGAUCCAACGGACAGGCAACCAACCGACCGACCAUGAUACCCACCAGCGUCACCAACUCGCCGCCGCCAGCGGGAUUGGGCCAGAAUGGAGCAUCUGCCUCCUUGGGCUCGGCAACGGCGGCGGGCGGAGGAGGGAUGCUGUCCGGUUUGGGGAUCUCUGGAGGAGGAAUGUCCACAGGAGCAGGAGGAGUGGGAGUGGGGGCUCAGAACAACUAUAGCUCCGUUGUGCUGGGCCUGGCCUCGCUAAUCCUCGAGGGCAGACCAAUUGCAGACGAUGAGUAUCAGCAGCAGCAGCAGCAACAGCAACAGGUGGGAUCCGGAGCAGCAGCGGCGGGACGCCUCUCGCCACGCCCCUCCACUUCUCGGGCAGCCAUCAACAUCACAACGAAUCCCUAUGGUUCCAUGGGAGGAUCGGAGAAUAGAGCUGCUGGCAAUGGAAGUGGAUCGACCGGGUCGCCCAGCAGUAGUUCCCUAACCCACCAGCGCUGGACGCAGAAGCUCUGCCAGCUGCGUCAGAUUUCCCCGGCUGCCCAGACGAUGAGCGCCGAACCGGAGUUGGUUUCCCUGGCCAUCAAUGAUCUCAACAAGGAUCACGGCGGCGACUACGAGAUUGUACGACGGGUCAUGCUCAAUCGUGCUGGAGGAAUGGGUGGUCUGGUUAGCAGUUCCGGUGGCUUGGGUGGUGGUGGAACCAACAACUCCAGUGCCGCCAGUUCACCGGGCUCCAAUUCGUCGGAUAACAUCCUCCACUCGCUGCAAUCGCUGGCCACCACAUGUCUAAGAGGUGGACCUGCACUGGCACCGCCACCUGUUGAGCCAAGACCCCUGAAUCUGGCCUUUCUAUGGUCAGGAUCGGGUGGUGGUGGCUCUGGUGGCCGAGGAUUGGGAUUAGGAGCAGCAGCAGCAGCUGCAGCAGCGAGCAUUAGCAACACACCAACAACAACGGCAACUGCCACUGCCAGCAGCGGAGCAAGUAGCUCCGCAUCGCGGCCCAAACACGGGCCGCACUGUGAUCAGUUCCUCAGGAAGAUGGGUCUGGCCAAGGGCGAGAUGCCGUCGGAGGCUGAGGAGCACAUCUGUGAUAUGUCCUACGUGAAUAUGACCUGCAAUCGUUGGCGGGCGUACUGCAUGAAAAUGGAGGCCAUCCUGGCUAGACGCGAACCCGUUUGCAUCGAGGUUUACCUGGGUCCCGUGAGCCAUAAGCUCUUGCUGGAGCAGUGGAUCAUCAGCGGCAAGGAGAAAGUUCCUCCACCCACUAUGACGUUGCCGUCGCUUUGCAGCGCCAUCAGGAGUCAGCUGUACUUCUCGCAGAUCGUGGCCUGGUGUGAUCUCCUCCGCAAAUGCGAUCCUUCGGUGUACGAUAGUGGCCGCGUAAUCUUCUCCGGCUGCGGCAACAAUGCAGGAGAUUUGGCCACCUCCUAUACACCGAACUGUGGUGGUGGCCAAAAGAGACCUCGUCUCAACAUCUUCUACAGGAUCAAGCAGCAUACGACCAGCAGCGGGAAUAGUGGCCUCCACCAGGAGGAUGGCUUCAGUGCCAAGGCCAAUGUGCACAAUUUUCCCAACGUCAAUGUUUCGGAGAGCUACAGCAUCUCGGUGAGCGUGCGCAGUUUGCCCAGGAUAAAUGGUGGCCUGCCGCAUGUGGAGCCACUGCCGCCUAGUCCAGCUCCGCGUGGCCGCAGAUCCUGCGGAGGAGUCGGAGGAGACCCGGCCAGUACGCCAACUGGAGGCGGUGGUCUGCAUGCCGCCACGCCGACUGGUUUGGGAGCCAGGAUAAGUGCGCUCACCCCAACGACAAUGGCCAGCGGCUCCAACUGUGAUAAUGGAAAGCCAGGAAUGGACGAACUCGAUGGGGAUUCGAGUUUGAGCCACCGGGAGAGGCAGCUGCAGAAGUAUCGCAAGCGAAUGCAGCGAAGGGACAAGAAAAGGGAGAGAAAAUCGACACCGGAACGGGAAAGUAAUCCCCAGCAAACCGAGGAGCCCAUGGAGGAGGGCGAGGACUCGCAGACGCAGUCGCAGUCCCACUCGCCAUCAGAUAGCCAAUCCCUGUCCUUGACGCUGCAGCAACCAAGGCGCAUAGCCAUGAUCUCGACGGGCACGCAGACUUCGCUGAGCAGCUGCCAGCAAUGCGGCAGUGAGAAGACUCUACUCUGUCUCAGCUGCACGGGAAAAGGAGGAGGGAGGGCAGAAAAUGGAGCUGGAGAGGUGGAGGAAGGGGAUGACAGCGAUACAACAGCCUCCGAAAUGGAGGAGACCUCCCAUUGCAGCCUCAGUAGCGGCGAUCUCAUCGUGGGCACACCGCGCAACAAGGCGGAGCUUCUACUCCAGGCCAUCCAGCGCACGCCAAAGAACCGCAAUCGAAAGCCUCAUCUAGGGGGCUCAGAUCUCAAUGGAGGGCAGAACAACAAUCUGGUGAAGGUGACGCCCGCCAGCAGUGGCUGUCAGGUGUGCAAGCGCCAGAAGACGCAGCACAACUUUGCCAAUGGAAAGGCAGCCACCAAUGGAGAGCACAAGAGCAAUGGUUUUGCAAGAGAGGCGGAGAAGCAGAUUUCCUCCACCGAGCUGACUCCGAAUAUUGAACGCUGCUCCCUGAAUCCCGCAGAGCGCUGCAAGACGCCGCCGCCCGGCGUGGCCGAGCACAUUGUGGUGCAGUUCAAGACGCCGCUGAGCCAAGUGCCGGCAAAGCUUCAACCGGAUGCAAUGGUGCCGCUGCAGCAGCAACAGCAGGGCAGCAAGUGCUCACCGAAACCGAGUCAGCUUCGAUUGAAUUGUGGUUCCGGUUUGCUGGAGAGCGAGACGCCGCCACCCAUUGUUUCGCCGCAAAUGCGCAAGGCCCUGCCUAAAGUGAACCUGACCACGAUCUUCUGCAGCUCGGCCCCCAUUGCCAUUGGCUGUCCCGCCUUCAGCUUCGAUCCCGCUGCUUUGAGUCACGCCCAUUCGCAGUUGCUGGCUCCGGAUGCCAGCGCCACGCCGCCCGUGCAGAAAUCCUUCUCUGCUCCCACUUUGCCACAUGCAGCUUCUCUGUCCGUUUCGCCCAGAUUCGCCAAACAGGCUCUGGCCGCCCACAAGCGGCGUUCGCGUCAUUUGAGCGAUCGCAGCGAUCGUAGUUCUUUGGGAUCCGAUGAGCAGCUGUCGGAUGAGGAUCUGGAGUCGGGUCUUUGUAGUCCAGCGGGUGGAUCGCCGUUGAAGUGUCGCGCCAGGUUGGCGGCUCAUUUCGCAGGACGUCCUCUGCUGGGAAAUCUGGAGGAAUCACUGUUGCAAAGGAGGCUCAUGCCCAAGAUCGAGGUGAUGGGCUUCAAGCUGCAAUUGGGAGCCUCUGGAGGCUUUUGUCCCACCCAGCUGACCAUCCCGGCUGUUUCCUACUUCUACGAACUGCAUGGCGAGACGCUAAGCACGCCGUAUUUGUGCGAAAUUCGUCUGCCGCGCAAGGGCUACUCGGUUCCGAGGACGGGCACGGUGCAGGCCACACUGCUGAAUCCGGCGGGCACGGUGGUGCGGAUGUUUGUGAUACCCUACGAUAUGCGGGACAUGCCACCGCUGCACCGCACCUUCAUCCGGCAGCGCAUUCUGGCCGAGGAGCUCAACCAGGAGCAGGAUGCUGGACCAAAGAUGCCACGGAGCCCAACAGUCACUAGUACGACCAGCAAACUGGGGCACUUUAUCAGCGCCGAGCAAAUGAAGCGACUGCGCUACUCCAUUCAUCUGAGGUUCCAGACAUCUCGCUCGGGACGAUUGUGCCUGCAUACGGACAUCCGACUGCUGAUCUCACGCCGCACCGAUUGCGAUACGGCGGCUGCCCACGCAAAGGGCGUUUUGGAGGCACCCAACGAGCUGGUCACGGACACCAUGAUGCCCGCCGAGCCGCGCUACAGUGCGCGACAGGAGAGCGCCGGCCGGAUUUAGUAGCUACUGCGAGCCCUGGGCGGCACCUUUGAGCUGCUGCGCCGCCUGUGCAAGCAGCUCCAGGAAAAGUGGCAGCGGCGGGAGACGAGGGAUCUCUGGCAGUGGCCCAGAUACCAGUUGUAGGCGACGGAGCAAGAGGAGACGAGGACGAGAACGGAGGGCAGGAGGCGAAACAAACUCCUGUGUGUGUGUUUGUGUGACAACCAACCAACUGCUUUACUAGUUAUCGUUUAAUUUAUCCCUAAGUUUAGUUUCUUUAAAAUUUAUUCUUUGGUAUUCCACCUCGCAGGAGGUUCUAUUUGUUUAGUUUGAAUUUGAAUUACUGGAAAAUGUGUGUGAAAACAUUGCGAAAGUAAAAAAUGUUGAAUAUGAAAGCAAACGAAUCGGUCAGCCAGGCAUAACUAUCUGUAUCCGUAACCGUAACUGCAAUUGUAUCUCUAUCUGUAUCUGUAUCUUUGGGGGUCCACACUAGGAAGAAGAAGAAGAAGAGCGAGCGGAGCAAUUAGCAAUACUAAAAACAAAACUAUGCAAGGGAGAAAACUACGUAUAUAGGACACGCAUACGCGUAUGCAGAUAUCACAUACAAUAUAUAUAUUGAAAUAUAUAUUUAUGUACCAUAUGUAUAAUCGUCGUGUAGCGUCAGCAAUUUAAAAGGCAAUUUGUGGAGGAAUUAGCGAUUUGCAGUGGGUUUUUGGGCGGAGGAGCAAGGUUGAAGUGCGCUCAUAUCGAUCGUUGUUGUUAGUGUGUAGUGUGUUUUUAACCACAUAAAUUAUAACAAGGAAACAAAGCCUUUCGUUGAGUGCAAGUUUGAAAUGAAUUUACCUUCUGGUUUCGAUUUUAAUUUGGUAUUUCCGUUUCUAAGAGUGUCUAUUAAGCGUGCCUGUGAUACGAUAUGAGCUGCAAGUGGGGGGUAUUUCUAAUAGAGUUUUUAGUUAAAUACAAUUGUCGUUGCCCUUUUUUUCUGUUGACAAACCACAGAUAAGUUUUUCUGUUUUGUUUUCCAUAUGCAAUAGGUGCUUGGAGUUUAUUUGCACGCCAUGCAAUCGAGGGGUUAUAGAAAUGGGCCCCUCGGCAACUUCAAGCACAUGAGUACUUCUAUAAUACGACUACUAUACGGAUCUAGAUGUGUUGAAUUCUAACCAAAUUCUUAUUUUUCAAUUGAUACCUGACUAUAACUAUUGUAUAACAACGUACUACACAGCUAUUAACAAAUUUUCAAUCUAGGUGGUAUGAAAACAAGUAAAACAUUAAAUUUAGAAAUGAAAAAAAUGAGGAAAACUCGAAAAAAAAUACCAAGCGAAACAAUAAAGCAAAGUCGAUGGGCAUAUUAAACCCAUCGAUCGGGAAUCAUACAAUUUACUUUGUUCAAUUUGUUUUAAGUAGAGAGCUUAAUGUGCGCUGUCAAUAGCAAUUAUAUGUGUAACAAUAACACCAAUAUACAAUACAAUGAUUCAAUAAAGGGAA